AUGAAGUUACUUUGCUCUACAGUUAUUCUGUUACUUGCCAGUACAAAUACUUUUGUUAAAGCACAAUGGACAAACCAAAGAAACUUAACCGUGGUAGAAGCUAACCAGUACUUGGACAACCACACACAGCUGUUCAAACCAGCAAGAAUUAUUAACGUUGGAGAUGGAAUUUACUGCGCGUUUGGAUACAGUAUUUCAAAUAUGAUAAUGGUUGAGGGAACAACUGGUAUCUUGAUCAUCGAUACAUUGGAGUCCACAGAUUGGGCCACUAUUGUUUAUAAGGAAUUUCGAAAAAUUACGAGCAAGCCUCUUAUGGGAAUUAUCGUAACGCAUUUUCAUCGAGACCAUUUCGAAGGAAAUAAUCCGUUACUGGAGGAUGCGAAAAACAACGGUUGGUCGGUAAACGUCUACGCGCAUAUUUCAACAGCAAAGCUAGUUGUAGAAAACGAAUUUAGACAACCAAUACGUGGGCUAAGGGGAGCGCGGCAAUUUGGUGGAAUUCUUUCUGACCAAGACAAGACAAACGACGGUCUUGGUAUAGAUUACAAACAAAGUUCGAAGUUGGUAUCUGCACGUCUAGAUGUCACGCAUACUUACAAUGAGAGAGCAACAUUUACCGUUGCGGGAAUAACCUUUGAAUUGGUUCAUACACCGGGUGAAACGGAAGAUCAAACAACUGUCUGGAUUCCGAGCAAACGAGCAGUGUUUCCUGGUGAUAACAUUUAUCAAGCCUUUCCUAAUCUUUAUGCGAUUCGAGGCUCACCGUAUCGGAAUGUGAAACACUGGUAUGAAAGCCUGGACAUUACGAGGAACUUGGGCGCUGAGUAUAUGAUUCCUUCGCAUACAUUACCAGUGCUUGGAAAGGAGAACAUUUUCAAUAUACUGACUAGCUACAGGGACGCUGUUAAAUUCGUUUACGAUCAAACCUUUCGUUAUAUGAACCUUUUUUAUGAACCUGAUGAAAUAGUCGAGAAAGUCCGCCUGCCACAAAGCUUAGAGAAACAUCCAUAUUUGCUCGAGUUCUACGGUUCCUUGGAUUGGUCUGUUCGUUGUGUGUAUAAUGGUCAUCUCGGCUGGUUUGACGCCGAUCCAGCCAACUUAAAUCCACUUACCAAAAAACAACGCGCUAAGAGACUAUUAUCUCUUAUUUCAUUUGCAACCAUGCUUGAAGAGGCAAGAAAGAGUAUGGAUUUGUCAAAGGAAAACUUACAGAGCAGGGGUUUUCACUUAAAUACCGAACUACAGUGGGCAUUAGAGCUUUCUAAAAUGAUUUUAGACGCGAAUCCAAGUACUUCUAACGAACUUGAAAAUGCAACACUAAUCUACCGAGAAGCUUUAAGGGCAAGGGCAUCGUCUACUUUAAGCGCUGUUGGCAGAAACUAUUAUUUGGCAUGCGCUGUCGAAUCCGAACGUGGUAUUGCCAGAAUAAGUCCAAGGAAUAACCAAAGAAACAUAUUCCGUGAAAUACGGUCGGAAGUUGGUUUCAUGAUGGAUUAUCCUCUAAGUUUCAAAGCGGAAUUCUGCGACAAUAGGCAACCAAUGAGCUUUUUGUUUAACUUUACAGACAGUGGCAACGUGUACAAAUACACAAUCCGCAACUGUGUUGUGGAUUUGGAGAUAAACCCAAACCAGCAAGGUGAAUAUUUCGACUUGAAAGCAACGAUGAAGUUCGCUCUCUGGCGCGAUAUAGUGGUUGGAGACACGUACAUCUUAUCCCUUGACGACAAAGCUGAAAUAAAAUUAGAAGGACAAGGCUCUCGAUGGAAAGACGUGCUUUAUCUUCAUAAAAUUCUACAUUUAAUGGACCGCAGUGGUUUUCUGAACAAUGCUUGAUGAUAUCUGUUGUAUUUUUUUGUAGAGAUUAUUUACUUUAAUUAUUCAAUAGUAGUGUCGAGUAUGAUGGAUACCGUUAGCACAUAAUAUCCAUGUUUCAUAAUCCUGCCUUUAACAAAUAACAACGCUGUUUCAGAGUCGUGAGGAUACGGUUAAACAUAAUUCUGUAAAUGUUCUUUGUUUGCUACCAAAUAACCAAUAAAAGAAAAUGGAAACACGAAUCUUCUUAACAGAAUUUAACACAAGCAAUUUUAUUUGCAUGUUAUUUGAUUGAAACAAAAUAACUAUUUGUGGUCACUACACGAAGACAAACAAAAUUAUUCUAAUCAUACAAGUACUUACACAAAUUCGUCAGUGGCUUAUUUUGUUUGCUUACUCUUUAUAUAUUGCUUAGUACAACAAAUCACUCACAAAGUAACAAAUUACAUGGUUACUCGUAAGCUAGCAGUAGGUGUGUAUACACAUCCGUGGAAUAACUUACAUCUCGUCCGGUGUAAACACUUUAACAUCAGGUAAUAACUUUAUUACUGCCAGUGUUAAAGUACAACCUUUUAUAUUGUUUACGUUUUAAUA